AUGGGCAGGUGGAAGAUGCGGAGAUGGAGGUUUAUGGUCGAUGAGACACCUAUUCGUGUCCACAAGAACCUUGAAGAUAAAGGCAUCCCAUUUACUAACGCUCAAGCAAUGGGAGUGUACAGUUCGAUUUGGAAUGCAGAUGAUUGGGCAACACAAGGAGGUCUAGUGAAAACAGAAUGGAGUCACGCUCCUUUCAUUGCUUCUUACAAAGAUUUCAAGAUUGAUGCUUGUGAGGUUCCGACAACAACUGACAUAAGCAAGUGUAAUGGAGAAGUCCAGAGAUUCUGGUGGGAUGAGCCGACUGUGUCUGAGCUUAGCCUUCAUCAGAAUCAUCAGCUUAUUUGGGUUCGAGCUAACCAUAUGAUUUAUGAUUAUUGCUAUGAUGCUAUGAUGCUGCGAGGUUUCCUGUUUCUCCUCUUGAGUGCCAACACCAUCGCCAUUUGUAGUCUAACGUUGACGUUAUGUUUUAACUUGGUCAAGAAGUUAUUGUGGUCAAGAGUACAAGUGGCUCUUUGA